AUGAAUACCUCUCUGAAGCUUUUCAUGAUUCCCUGGGACUCCAGUUAUGCAGGACUGGCUUUACGACAGUCUAGUGCCUUGCCAGAUGGUCUCCAUGAGAGAGUGCAGUCUGCUUUGAUAACUCUUCAGCGGUGUGGAUGUCUCCUCCGAGAUCUUGUCCGAGUCCGAGACCGGGACGUCUUCACAGCCGUUUCGCGUGCUCUCGUGGGUCAGCCGGGCUACACAUACCGUUAUCUGAACACCCGUCUGUUCACCAUCCCUUGGCACUGUGAGGGAGAAGAAGGCCAGAAAGAUGAGAAAGAGAAACCUUGCUGUGACUCCGACCUGAGGGACGCUUGCAAAGCAUUGUGGGAGCUCAAUCAGUUCUUUUGCUCAGAUGUGAAGCAGCAGACAAAUGCAAGAGGCGUCAAGCGUUCCCGCAGUGACACCGAAAACAGUGAAGAGACACCAGGGGAGGGGAUGUGCGAAGAGAGUGUGAAGGACCGGUUACUUGAGGAGAAGCAGGAGAAAGAGAAGAAGGAGGAAGAGGAAGAAGACAGCGGUCAGGGCUGCUCUCAUUCCUCACCUCCUUCAUCCACUCCGCCACCUGAUGUGGCCGGCCUAGUUCAGUUUAACAUGACCCUCAUCAACUACAUGGACCCCACAGCCAUGACCCAGCUGAAGGAAGAGCCCUAUUAUGGAAUGGGCAAGAUGGCGGUGGGUUGGCAUCAUGACGAGAACCUGGUUCCUCUGUCACCAGUUGCUGUCUACAGCUAUAGCUGCCCAGCAGAGCCAAAGAAUGAAGGGGUGACUGAAAAGGAUGGGGAGGAACAGAGUAAAGACAAAAACAAAGAAAAAGAAACCGAGACAGAAGGUGAAGGAACAAGUAAAGAAGAACUAAAGAAAGAAAGAGAAGGAUUGGAAAAGGAGGAAGUGCAGAAAGAGAAGGCUUGUUGGCGUGUUGGACUGAAGGUGGCCUGGGACAUCCACACACCAGGUCUGGCUUUGCCUCUCCAGUCUGGAGACUGCUACUAUAUGACAGAUGAUCUGAAUCAGACACAUCAGCACUGUGUACUGGCUGGUGACACGGCUAGAUUUAGCUCCACUCACAGAGUCGUACAGUGUUGUACAGGAACGCUGGACUACAUACAGAAACGGUGCUCAGAGGCCUUGGAGAAUUUACACACCGACCCUGAGAAGAACACCAAGAGCCUGAAGUCCCUCCUCCCCUCCACUCUCCAGCACAUUGAGGACAUCCACAACGAGGUGGAGUUUGAAUGGCUGAGGCAAUACUGGUUCCAGGGCCGACGUUACGCUCGAUUCUGCAGCUGGUGGACUAAACCCAUGGAACAGAUGGAGAAAGACUGGAAGGAAAUGGAGCGAAUGACUCAGCUGCUGCUGGAUGUGGUGGAGGACGAGAACACGGCACAGGAGAACAGAAGAGAGAUGGCAGACGUUUUACUGAAUGCCCUGACGGACAGACAGCAGCACAGACAGACAUGGAGGGACAGUAGUUGGAGUGUUGCAGACUGUGGGGCCUCUGGACCUGCUUUCAGCUAUCUGAAGUUACCCUGAGGGACAGAGAUGCUAAAUGUGACUGUAGGCUUCUCCUGUUGACUUAUGGGUACUCAGGCUUAUUAACUUACCUAAUGCACUCAUGCAGGUCACCUUCAGACAUUUUGGCUCUUUAUGUUAACCUCUUUUGAUGGACUCGUUAAAAAUAUGUUUGGCACAUUUUUGUCAUUUACUUUUUAUUUUUCUCUUGUAAUAUAAAAAUGACAAGACAGAUACUGCAGUCACCCGGAUUAACAAAUAAUCUCCUAUGAAUUAUUUUACUGGACUUUUACUG